GCGCCCGCCCUCCUCCUCCUCCUCCUCCUCGCUCCGCCGCUGCAAUGGCCGCUUUCGGAGCAGCUCGCGCCGGGAACCAUAACCCUAACAAGUCUUCCGAGGUGAUUCAACCUCCCAGCGAUUCCGUUUCGAGCCUGAGUUUCAGCCCCAGGGCCAACCACUUGGUUGCUACUUCGUGGGAUAAUCAGGUACGGUGCUGGGAACUUACGAAGAAUGGGGCUUCUGUAACUAGCGUGCCCAAGGCGUCGAUAUCACAUGACCAACCGGUACUUUGUUCAGCUUGGAAGGAUGAUGGAACGACUGUCUUUUCUGGCGGCUGUGAUAAACAAGCAAAAAUGUGGUCUUUAAUGUCUGGAGGUCAGCCCGUGACAGUUGCCAUGCAUGACGCACCCAUUAAGGAGGUUGCUUGGAUCCCAGAGAUGAAUGUCUUAGUUACAGGAAGCUGGGACAAGACCCUGAAGUACUGGGACACGAGGCAGUCAAAUCCAGUACAUACUCAACAGCUCCCAGAGCGCUGCUAUGCAAUGACAGUGAGAUAUCCCCUGAUGGUUGUUGCCACUGCAGAUAGGAAUCUUAUUGUCUUUAAUCUGCAGAAUCCUCAGGCUGAGUUCAAGAGAUUUACUUCACCCCUAAAGUACCAGACAAGAUGUGUUGCAGCUUUCCCUGACCAACAAGGUUUUUUGAUUAAACCAUGCUUAUCAUCCUUUUUUCAUGAUUAA